GCGAUUAACACACAGUGAACACAGAUCGUCAAAGGCUGAAGAAGCCCAGAAUCUAACCGCAUCCGCAUCCUCAGCGAAAAAUAAAAAAUAAAAGACAAACAGCUUAGAUCGGCGGCCAAAUGCAGCCUACGAAAAUAAAUCAUUAAGAUCAAGAACAGGCAAAUUACGUGCGUUUUUUCUUGACGUCUGGUUUUUUUUCCGUUUGUUUUGCUUAAUUUUUUGACCGACUUCUGGGACAAGAACAACACGAAGAGCCACAACAACAGCAACAACAUGGAUGCCGAGGCGCCGAAAAAUCCGAAUGCAACAGUUCCGAAACAGGAAACUGUGGAGGGAGGAGCGACAGGUGGAGCAGCCAAUCUGGCCAAGAAGGAGGAGCACGAUGCGGACUAUCAUCCGCCUACAAGCUAUCUGGAGACGAUCGUGCACCUGUUCAAGGGCAACAUUGGACCCGGUCUGUUCGCCAUGGGGGAUGCCUUCAAGAACGGCGGUCUGCUGGUGGCUCCGCUCCUCACAGUGGUGAUAGCGGUGGUCUCCAUCCACUGCCAGCACGUCCUGGUCACCUGUUCGAAGAAGAUGCGGGAUCUCAGAGGAGAGACCGUGUGUGCGGACUACGCCCAGACGGUGGAGCAGUGCUUCGAGAAUGGGCCACCCAAGUUGAGGGGCUGGUCCCGAACUAUGGGACGUCUGGUGGACAUAUUCAUUUGUGUGACCCAGCUGGGCUUUUGUUGCAUCUACUUUGUGUUCAUCAGCACGAACCUGAAGCAGAUCCUGCAAGCCUACUCCAUUGAUAUGAACGUCCAUCUGGUGAUGCUGCUGGCCUUUGUACCGGUGCUUCUCAGCUCGCUGAUCACCAACCUCAAGUGGCUCACCCCCGUUUCGAUGUUUGCGAAUAUUUGCAUGAUUGUCGGACUGGCAAUCACCUUGUACUAUGCCUUGAAGGACGGACUGCCGGAGGUGGGGGAACGCGCCCUCUGGACGAACGGCUCCCAGCUGGCCCUCUUCUUCGGCACCGCCAUCUUUGCCUUCGAGGGCAUCGCCCUGGUGAUGCCGCUGAAGAACGCCAUGCGAAAGCCGCACCAGUUCGAGCGACCCUUGGGCGUUCUGAAUGUGGGCAUGUUCCUUGUCUCCGUCAUGUUCAUGUUCGCCGGUUCGGUGGGCUACAUGAAGUGGGGUGAACAGGUGGGCGGCAGUCUGACCCUCAAUCUGGGCGAUACCAUUCUGGCCCAGGCCGUCAAGCUGAUGGUCUCCGCUGGCGUUCUACUCGGCUAUCCGCUGCAGUUCUUCGUCGCCAUCCAGAUCAUGUGGCCCAGUGCCAAGCAGAUGUGCGGCAUUCAGGGACGUUCGUUGUGGGGCGAGCUGGGCUUUCGCACCUUUAUGGUUCUGGUGACUCUUGCCAUUGCGGAAAUGGUUCCGGCCCUGGGACUUUUCAUCUCGCUAAUCGGAGCUCUUUGCUCCACGGCCUUGGCUCUCGUCUUUCCGCCCGUCAUCGAGCUCAUCGCCAGGAGUGACCUGAACAAGGGUCCGGGCGUCUGGAUUUGCGUGAAGAACCUCGUCAUCCUGGUGAUGGCACUGCUCGGCUUUUUCACCGGCUCCUACGAAAGUCUCAAGCAAAUUGUCAAGCACUUCGGGGAGGAGGAGGUGCACUGAGAAGCUAGGGAUCC